UGUCCUGCUUGCUCUGGGCUACAGAGUGAGCGCAGUUGCUUUCCUCUCCCUCUGAGAGGCAACAGCUCCUUUUUUAAACAUUUUGAAAAAACUUUUUCUUUUCUUUUUUUUCUUUUUCUUUUCAAGUUUUUCUUCCAUCCAAGCCAUCCAUUGUGGUUCUUUGACUUCCUGUCACGGGACCCGUGUGUCCCAAUCUUUUGUUAUUGUUUUGGAAACGGAGGCGAGUAUACCAUGCCGGUAGUUGGCGUCGCUUCCAAGCUCAGGCAACCCUCCACGGUGAAGCCGGUGCACACCGCACUCCCCAUCCCGAGCGCGAUCCGGGCCGCCGCUGCCUCUCACGGCUACAUGGCCCGGCAGCAGGAGCUCAAGGCGAGCGAUGGCGUCCCGGCGCUUUCUUGCCAGCUAUCAGUCAAGUCUGAGUACCAGUCUGCGAGGACGCCCGAGGGAAAGUCCAAGGCGGAAACUGAGGAGAGCAGGAUCUGCAAGAUUUACACAGACUGGGCCAAUCACUACCUGGCAAAGUCGGGCUGUCCGCGGCUCAUCAAGGACCUGAGCCAGGACGUCACCGACGGAGUCCUGCUAGCACAGAUCAUCCAGAUAAUAGCCAAUGAGAAGGUGGAGGAUAUCAAUGGCAGCCCCCGGAGUCAGACCCAAAUGAUUGAGAAUGUGGACGCCUGCCUCAGUUUCCUCGACGCUAGAGGAGUGAAUGUACAAGGGCUCUCAGCAGAAGAGAUCAGGAAUGGCAACCUGAAAAGCAUCUUGGGCCUCUUCUUCAUCCUGUCCCGCUACAAGCAGCAGCAGCAGCAACAGCAGCAGUACUACCAGUCGUUGGUGGAGCUCAGCCAGCAGAGCGGCAGCAGCACAGCAACAUCUGUCAGCAAGUCGCAAGAGAUGCAGUCCAGUCUCACAGCACGAUAUGCAAGUCCUCCGCCCCAUACUGGAAUAGGGUCGCCACAGAAGAAAAACACGAGGUUACCGGGACCCUCCAGGGUACCCGCUGCAGGCAGCGGGGCCUCCAGGAGUCCGGGCUCAUCCAAUCUGAACCGCCGCAGCCAGAGCUUCAACAGCAUUGACAAGAGCAAACCGCUCCAGUACGCCAGUGGCAACGACAGAGAGGCAAUGAGGAGCAUCCCAGUAGCCGGCGGCAUGAAUGGAAGCGGAAUGGGUGGGACUGUUCCCACCAGCCUAAGUGGGCAGCAGCUGGCCUCUGCCAUUCCCUCUGCUACCGCCAGUAAGUCCUGGCGGAGCAAGUCGAUGAACCUCAAGCACAGCGCCACUUCCUCCAUGUUGGCCAGCCCCACAAACUCGACGUCCCCAUCCCUGUCACAGCUGACCCAGGAAGGCAUCCAUCCGCACAGCAAUGAUGGGUCCAAAGUUGGGGGAGCACCACACAGGUCUAUGCUGGAGAAGUUCCGUAUGAUUAACCCUCGAUCGGCCUCCCGGGUGUCGCCGUCCAUGGCUGAGAUGGCUCUGCAGGAAGAGGAUGACAUGUCAGAGUACGGCGAGGAUGGCCUUACGCCCACGGGCUCGGUAUGCAGCAGCAGCGGUAGCAGUGCUACGGUGAAACAGUUGCCCUCGAAGACCAGUGCAUCCUCCUUUAGUGCCACAAGCAAGACCUCGUCUUCAUCCUCUUUUUCCAAAAGUUCUGCGAAUGCUAGCAAGUCCACAUGUAAAGACAAGGAGGACAAAAGCAAGUCUGGGAGCAAGCAAGUCUGCGCUCCAUCCAAAGAGGAGCGAGACUCUUUUGCGGACUCAGCGAAGAAGAUGUCCAAAAUCGCCAGCCUUGUGCCCAAGGGAGCAAAGCACGGAAAGAAAGACGGUGGCGGCUCCUCGGGUUCCAGUGGCAUCCCCAAGCCUGGACUUAAAGCACCCUCAGCCAGUGUGGCAAAGCCCCAGGGUCAGUCCCAAAGCCAGACGGGCCUCAACAGCAGUAGUAACCUACGGGGAGGGGAGGCGGAGAGAGCCAAGCUCGCAAAAGUUGGACAAGGUGGGAGUUUCUACACGCAGCGCUCCAUCGGGGGUCCAGAGGGCAAACGAACCAGCAUCACCUCCUCCACCAGCACGUCGGCCCUGUCUGCAUCCAGUGGCGUCCUGGCAGGGGGAGGGGGAGCACUUGGAAACGGAAUCGUUCAGCUGCCACAGCAGCAACAGCACAACCACCCCAAUACUGCCACUGUGGCUCCUUUUAUGUACAGGACGUUCUCGGAGAAUGAUUGCACCAUGGUGGCCGACCCCUGCCUCAGCCCCACCAAGGGUGAGCUUGUCUACAGCAAGACAGCGAAACAGUGCCUGGAGGAGAUAUCAGGAGAGGACCCCGAGACGAGAAGAAUGAGGACGGUAAAGAACAUCGCUGACCUGCGGCAGAACCUGGAAGAAACCAUGUCCAGUCUACGGGGGACACAGAUCAGCCACAGCACGCUGGAGACAACCUUCGACGCAACUGUGACCACAGAAGUCAACGGACGGAGUCUCCCCGCCCUCGCCACCCGCUCCUCCCCCAUGGCCUGGCGCCUGGGCCAAACGCAAACGCCGCGUCUCCAGGCGGGCGAAGCCCCCUCCAUGCCCGGCGGGUACCCCUCUCCCAGGGCGGGCGCGGGGGGCGGGGGCGCCACCGCGACGGGCCGCUACGGCGGCCACUCUGACCCCUCCAGGUUUGUGUACAGCGCCCCCCUAAGGCGAUCGGCAGGGGCGCGGGGGGCGGAGCGGGGUGAGAGGGGAGGAGGAGGGCUGGAAGGAGGGAAGCAGAUGGAGGUGGCGGGGUACAUGAGUGAAGGGGACGUCCUGGGGAAGAACGAACGGAUGGAUGAAAUCACCAGCGGAUAUCUAACAGAUGGAGGUCUGCAUUUGUACGCGCGGAACAUCGGCCGUGCGGGCGACGCGUCUUCUUCUCGAGAAAUCUCGCACAGGGGAAGCAAAGAGAUCCAAGGGGACGUGGACAGCUGGGACGACAGCAGCUCGGUGAGCAGCGGCCUGAGCGACACCUUGGACAACAUCAGCACCGACGAUCUGAACCCGCCCGCCUACUCGGCCGUCGGCUCGUCGCGUAAAAGCAAAGGCGCCCAGUCCCAGAAACCCACUAAGUCUAAGCAUGCCGAGCAGGAGGUGAGCAGCAGCUGGAUCGGAGCCGAGGACCUGAAGAAGGUGGAGGAGGAACUCGAAGCGAGCAUGGACCCCAACGGCGGCUCCUCCCGCUGGAAGCCUUCUUCAUCAUCGUCUUCCUCCCAAGCCCAAGGCCAGUACGAGGACGCGGGACAGAAGGCGACAACGCUGGCCCAAAUAUCCCAGACUGGCUCACUGAGAAGGGGCAUGACAGCCCAGGUGGGCAUCACGCCACCCAGGACAAAAAAUAGCUCUGCCUCACACAAAACAACAGGCAAGACUGACGAUGCCAAGGCUUCGGAGAAAGGCAAGGUGCCCUCUAAGGGUUCUUCCAGCAUCCAGCGCUCCCCCUCAGAUGCCGGUAAGAGCAGCGGAGACGAAGGCAAGAAACCCCCCUCUGGUAUCGGACGCCCACCUACCACAAGUUCGUUUGGAUUCAAGAAGAUCUCUGGUCCCAGCGGGGCCCUAAUCACCUCUAGUGGCGCCACGCUCGCUAGUGGUUCAGCCACCCUGGGCAAGGCACCCAAAUCAUCAGCCACCCUCGGCAAAGGCACCGGUAUCGGUGGCGUGCGUAAGACCAGCCUGGACGGCUCCCAGCCUCAGGACGACGGCACGCUGCUCAGCUGCGGCGGCUCGAAAGUGUCCCUCCAGUACCGCUCUCUGCCCAGACCGGCCAAAUCCUCCAGUGGGGCGGCGGCGGGUCGCGGCGGGCACCGCUCCAGCUCCAGCAGCAUCGACUCCAACGUCAGCGGCAAGUCCGCCAGCGGAGGGGCGGCCAACCCGGCCGGACCAAAGCGCAGGGACGCCGGGAAGGUGGGCUCGGACCGCUGCAGUCCCGUCAACACGAACCAGACCGACAAGGAGAAAGUGACGGUGACGGAGCAGGAUCCGGGACUGUCCACUUCGCCCAAGUCCAGCCCAACUUCCACGGGCCAGACAGGCCUCAGGCAGCCCGGCUCCAAGUACCCCGACAUCGCCUCCCCUACAUUCCGCAGAUUGUUUGGCACCAAAGCCAGCAGCAAGGCCAGCUCCCCGGGCACGCCCGACUCUGGCAAGUGCCCCUCAAUCCUGGGCAGCCCGCACGGUACUCUGGCGAGGCAGGCCAGUCUGGACUCCCCGUCCUCCGGCACAGGGAGUCUGGGCAGCGCCGGCGGCCUGAGCGGCGGCAGCAGCCCGCUGUAUGGCAAAGGCCCGGACCUCCUGUGCACCGACUCCCCGGCCUCCAGCCCGGCCUCUGGCCUCUCGCUGCCGUCCAACGCUCGGCCCUGGCCUGCCUGUGGCUCGUCCGCUGGCAGCAAGGACACGCUGAGCUGCCAAAGCAUGAGCAGUCUCCACACGAGUUCUGAGUCGAUAGAUCUGCCUCUGGGCCACCACGGGCCCAAGGUUACGAGAACCGGCAGUGUCAAGUCCACCCUGUCUGAGGGCAUGCCUCUUGACAGAAACACGCUUCCCAAAAAGAGACUGAGGUACCCACCGUCGUCCAGGCAGACGUCCCACGAAGAGGGGACGGAGUGGCUGAGGUCGCACUCAACGGGGGGGCUUCAGGACUCGGGUAGCCAGUCCCCAAUGUCUCCACCCGGAGCCUCCUGUACCACCGCUGGAAAAUACCACUACUCCAACCUCUUGAGCCCCACUCACACCAGCCAGUACAACCUGCCGGCAGGCAGCAGCAGCAUGAGCCGCUCCAACAGCAUCCCCGCCCAGGACUCCUUCGAGCUCUACGGCGAGGGGCACCCGCUGGGCGGCAGCGCCACCUCCCUGGAGGACCGGCCGCGCGUCAUCAGCCGCUCGGGCUCCUUCAGGGACAGCACCGACGAAGUCCACGGUUCUUCAUUGUCACUGGUGUCCAGCACGUCUUCACUAUACUCUGCAACAGAGGAGAAGGCACACUCAGAGGGCCAAACAGUCCAAAAUUCCACGCAAAUCAGGAAGCUGCGUCGGGAGCUGGACGCCUCUCAAGAGAAGGUGGCGACCCUAACGUCCCAACUGGCUGCCAAUUCUCACCUGGUGGCUGCCUUUGAGAAGAGCCUGAGUAACAUGACGUGUCGCCUGCAGAGCCUCACCAUGACGGCCGAGCAGAAGGAGACCGAGUUGGUCGAGCUAAGGGAGACGAUAGAGUCACUGAAGACCCAGAACACCGACGCUCAGACGGCCAUUCAGGUGGCGCUCAACGGCCCGGAUCACUUCCAUAAAGACCUGCGUAUAAGACGGCAGCAUUCAUCCGAAAGCAUGUCGAGCAUCAACAGCGCGGCCAGCCACUCCAGCAUGGGCAGCAUGGGCAAGGAUGCGGAGGACAAGAACAAGAAGAAGAAGAAGAACUGGGUGGCUGAUUCCAUCCCGGCUCAGCUCCGCAGCUCGUUCAAGCACGCCUUCAGCAAGAAGAAGACCAAGUCGCAGUCGACCCACGACGAGAUGGAGGAGAUGAGCGACUCGCUGCCGUCCUCGCCCAAGCUGCAGCACGUCAACCGGCAGGGCAGCGUCGCGACGCUGCGUUCUUCACCCUCUGCUGCCGACAAGUGCCUAUGCGAUACCUCCCCCGUUUGGACGGCAAAGAAAAAGCUAAACGGUCACGUGGUCUACAAGCACCGAUCUCGGCUGUGCGAGUGCACCGAAGCCGAGGCCGAGAUCAUCCUGCAGCUGAAGAACGAGCUGAGGGAGAAGGAGCUCAAGCUGACCGACAUCCGCCUGGAGGCGCUGAGCUCGGCCCACCAUCUGGACCAGAUCCGGGAAGCCAUGAAUCGCAUGCAGAAUGAGAUCGAGACCCUAAAAGCGGAGAACGACCGCCUCAAGUCCAGCGGCAGCGCCACGCCGACGGCCGCUCCCGCCAAGACGGCCCGGCCGCCCUCGGAGACCUCCAGCACGUCCUCGUCCUCCUCGCGCCAGUCCCUGGGCCUGUCUCUCAACAACCUCAACAUCACCGACACUAUCAUGUCAGAUAUUCUGCUCGACGACAGCUACGAGGGGAACCUGCGCAAAGAAGGCCGCAGCGUGCGGAUAGUGGUCAGCAUCAGCAGCGGGCCGAGCACGACCAAGGGAACGCAAAUGCACGAGUACCUGAUUGGGUCCAUAGGGGUGAGUGGGAAAACCAAGUGGGACGUCCUGGAUGGGGUCAUCAGACGUCUCUUCAAGGAGUACGUAUUUCGGGUGGACCCGGUGACCAGUCUGGGCCUGAGCUCGGACAGCAUCGUCUGCUACAGGAUGGGCGAGGUGGUCCGCGCCCACUCCUCCGUAGUGCCCGAGCUGCUGCCCUGCGGCUACCUGGUGGGCGAAAGCAACGUCGUCAAGGUCAACCUCAAAGGCGUGAAGGACAGCAGCAUCGACAGCCUGGUGUUCGACACGCUCAUCCCCAAGCCCAUCAUCCAGCGGUACCUCAACCUGUUGAUGGAACACCGCCGCAUCAUCCUUUCGGGGCCCAGCGGCACCGGCAAGUCCUUCCUGGCCGCCAAGCUGGCCGAGUUCGUCAUUUCCCAGACGGGGCAGGAGGUGACCGAGCACAACGUGGCCAGCUUCAACGUGGACCAGAACUCCAGCAAGGACCUGCGUCAGUACCUGUCCAACCUGGCGGAGCGCUGUAACUCCGAGGGCACGGACGCGAAGCUCCCCACUGUGGUCAUUCUGGACAACCUCCACCACAUUAGCUCCCUCAGCGACAUAUUCAACGGUUUCCUCAACUGCAAGUACCACAAAUGCCCUUACGUCAUUGGGACCAUGAACCAGGGAGUGUCGUCCUCUCCCAACCUGGAGCUACAUCACAACUUCAGGUGGGUGUUGUGCACCAACCACACGGAACCCGUGAAGGGCUUCCUGGGCCGCUUCCUGCGGCGGAAGCUGAUCGAGACGGAAAUCCACAAAAACGUGCGCAGCAACGACCUCAUAAAGAUCAUCGACUGGAUUCCUAAGACGUGGCAGCACCUCAACGGCUUCCUGGAGGCCCACAGCUCCUCCGACGUCACCAUAGGUCCCCGUCUCUUCCUGUCGUGUCCCAUGGAUGUGGAGGGAUCGCGUGUGUGGUUCACCGACCUGUGGAACUACUCCCUGGUGCCCUACCUGCUGGAAGCUGUCCGGGAAGGACUUCAGCUGUACGGCAAGAGGGCGGCGUGGGAAGACCCGUCCAAGUGGGUGAGCGACACGUACCCGUGGCACGCCGCCGCUCCCGUGCAGCCGCAGGACGGCCAGUCGCUGCUCCAGCUCCGGCCCGAGGACGUGGGCUACGACGGCUACAGCUCGUCCAAGGAGGGGGCCUCGUCCAAGCAGGUUUCCCAGAGCGACGCCGAGGGAGAUCCCCUGAUGAACAUGUUGCUGAGGCUGCAGGAGGCGGCCAACUACUCCAGCGCGCAGAGCUGCGACAGCGACAGCGCCAGUCACCACGACGACCAGCUGGACUCCUCGCUGGAGUCGGCGCUAUGAAAGCGAGGCUAACCGGACAUGCCGAAAGUGCAAAUACAUGACAAGUUGUGUGGUAUUGUUACCAGGUGAGGGCAAGAAAAAAAAAAAAAAUAUAUAUAUAUAUAUAUAUAUAUAUAUCAUCCUGGUUUAUAACUGAAUUGUGUAAAAUCAAUUGAUUUUGUGGUCAUUUCUGGCUAUCGGGACUGAGCCCUGCCUACUAAUAGUUGAAACUAUGACCCCCAUUUAUCAUUUCAAAGUAAAUGGCUGACAUUUGAUCAGAUUGUUUUUCUUUUGCUUAUGCGGCAAAGACGUUGCGUAACUUCCACUCGCAACCCAGGCUAAACUUAGCUCCUCCUGGACAUACAAAGCUUGUCUCUGAGUUAAGCUGUGUCACUUCAUGGGCCAGCCCGAUUUGAGCCAUCCUACAUUGUAGUGUGGCACAUUUUUAGAAUACAACUUCUCAUGUAAGUGCACGAAGGGUUGUUUCGAGUUUGCUUCCAAUGACAAAUCAAAUGCUAGGCUCAGCCGCAAUACUGUUCCCCAUCUUCGGAACUGGAAUAUUUUCUCUGUGUUCGAUCCCAGUUACAUUACAGAUGUUUACAACGUGAGUAGGGAGGCGGGCAGGUACUAUUGUUGACGUAUUUCUUUGUUUACAGAGGUGCUUCUCACAGACUCUCAGAGUCAUUGGUCCAAAGGGUCCGGCCACUGUACCACCACGGUGGAUCCUCAGGCCGAUUUAGUCCAAAUUCUACUGUUUUUUUUGUUUUGUUUAGAUGAUACGAUGAUCUUCUGUGGCCAUAAUGGAGGUGGGCUCUACCUGAGUAUUUAUCAGCCAGUCACCUCGCUGCGCUUGCAUGUCAACAACCGAUCCUCCACAUUAAUGCUACUGUGAAGAAAAUGGAUAAGUGCCAACGUCGCCCCCCUUUCGUGUUACUGCCAAAUAACGCACGCACGCACGCACGCACGCCCCGGUUCGUGAAAGAAAAUACCAUGCGAGUCGCUUGUUAAAGAACGUGAACGUUUGUACGCAGACGUCCGUGACAUAACGUGCAGUCAGACAAAACACCUUAACGAGGGAACAAUGAUUACUGGUGCUUUCUCGUUGCCUUAAAUGUGCAAAAAGGUUUCGGGGGGGGGGCUCUCCUGCUUCCAUUGGUUUCUGACGACAAGAGGGUCAUAUGAAUACUUAACUACGGACGCUCCGCCUCCCGUUUCCCUUUCUAACAGGUAUAAAGUGCAAAAUCAAAGAGUUCAUGUUGCAUUGUACGCGAAUUCGAAACUGAACAAUAUUGUAAAAAAAUAAUAAUAAUAAAUAAAAUUCUAUAAAUAUAUAUAUGAUUAAAAGGGGUGGGGAUUUUGUUUGUUUUUUUCCACCCAGUUGAGCUGGGCUCACUUGAACUGACAGGAGCACAACCAAAUGUUUUUUUUUCUUCGUUUUUUUUCUUAGCAUGCUUUUGAGCCUUUUAACAGGGGAAACAAAUUGAAAAGAGAUUUACCUUUAUGUAUUCACACUCACAUUGGACAGAAGCCAUUUUCAAUUGUCCUUUCUUUUAAACCUGUGGGUUGGUUUUGCACACUCGGGCGGGUUGUAAAUACUUCAGUCUUCUUGCACAGAGAAUCAAAGAUGCAUUCGCCCGGUGGAUGUUACACUAACCUGCUAAAGAAAAGAAAAAGUAAAUUAUUGUUUAAAAAAAAAAACAGAUGCAAAAAGUCAAACAGGUGUGCGUCUUGUGAUGUGUGUC